CCAUCUCAAUCUCAAUCUAUACCAUCUUUAACCCGGCACCCGAGUUCACCCGCUCCGCCCUGCCCCUCAUCAUGUUCUGCCGACUGAGGUCAAUAACCCCACCUUCUUCCCUCUUCUCUUCUUCUCUCUUCAAUUGCACUUCUUUCCACCCCGCUGCCCGAUCUUUUGCUUCAUCAUCCGCAGCCAUGUCUAACACCACCGCCUACUUCGACGUGCAGUACCAGCCCGCUGGCGAGCCUGCCCCCAUUACUGGACGCAUCAACUUCAACCUCUUCGAGGCUGAUGUCCCCAAGACUGCCCGCAACUUCCGCGAGCUCUGCAAUGCCCCCGAAGGCCAGGGCUACAAGGGCUCUGCUUUCCACCGUGUGAUCCCCCAGUUCAUGCUCCAGGGUGGUGACUUCACCCGCGGCAACGGUACCGGUGGUCGUUCCAUCUACGGCGAGAAGUUCCCCGAUGAGAACUUUAAGUACAAGCACACCAAGCCCGGUCUCCUCUCCAUGGCCAACGCUGGCCCCAACACCAACGGCUCCCAGUUCUUCAUCACCACCGUUGUCACCUCGUGGCUCGAUGGCAAGCACGUCGUUUUCGGCGAGGUCGCUGACGAGAAGUCCAUGGCCGUCGUUAAGGCCAUCGAGGCUCUCGGCAGCUCCUCCGGCUCUAUCCGCUCCAACGUCAAGCCCACCAUCGUCGCCUGCGGUGGCCAGUAAACAGCUCAAUUGGGAGGUUUAAUUGGAGGUUUGGAGCCUGGAAGUCUUUCUUUUUCCAAGGACUUAGUCCUAUCCCUGUUCACGCCGUGCAUUGGAACUAGCCAAGGUGGCUUCCCCAUUUGCGCACUGUAAUCUAGAGUGUCCACUGAACUAGUCAUACAUGCAUUUGUAUUACAGGGUAC